AUGAUAUCUACGACCACGACAUCGUCUUGUUCUGCGAGUGAUCAGGACGCGUCAGAGGAUGGAGUUUCGGAUCAAGUAAUAAUGGCUACCAUGAAUAAAGAUAUGACGGAGGAAGAAUUGGAACGUAUUAAACAACAAUGGACCGUUGAACAGGAGGAAUUAAAAAAACAAUUAAUUACGCAAGAUGAUAUUGAUUUUGAUCCCGAUGAUUUGGAUGGAACAUUGAAAUUUGUUGGAGGUGUAGAUAUUAGUUUUGAUAAGGAAAAUCCAGUGAAUGCAAUUGCAAGUUUAAUUGUGUUAUCACUUCCAGAUUUGAAAGUUGUUUAUGAAAAGUAUGAUAAAGUCGUCAUGCAACAUCCUUAUAUUCCAGGAUUCCUGGCCUUUCGAGAAGUUCCACAUCUGGAGAGUAUGGUUAAUGAUUUACGACAAAAUUGUCCACAAUUUGUGCCACAAGUAAUUCUUGUUGAUGGAAAUGGAAUAUUGCAUCAACGUGGAUUUGGUCUUGCAUCACAUUUAGGAGUUGUUCUCAAUAUUCCCACAAUAGGUGUAGCAAAAAAGCUAUUGUAUGUGGAUGAAAUUACCAGAGAAACAGUGAAAGAGCUAGUUCAGAAACAACUCAAAGCCAAAGGUGACCAUGCCAAACUUGUGGGAAAGAGUGGAAUUACUCAUGGUGUUGUUUUUCAGCCAAUACAAAAGACGGGUCGACCUCUCUUUCUCAGUAUUGGUCAUAAAAUCAGUUUGGAAUCAUGCAUUAAGGUUGUCCUCAAAACAUGUAUUCAUAAAAACCCAGAACCUAUUCGACAAGCUGAUCUUCGAAGUCGUCGAAUGAUAGAAGCACAAGCUUCCGAGAACAAUAAAAUUUAA